AAUUUCAGAAUUUUUCAUUGAACAUCGUCACUUCAUUUGACAAGCGCCACACAAAUUUGAAAAUUGGAAUACACAAAAAUAUACAAGAACAAGUUCCUACAAGUAAAUAAACAAAAUAAAAGUUUUAACAAACAAACGAAAAAUGGAUAAGAAUACAAUGGCGGCAAUGCUGUUCUUAUUAGACUCAUCAAGUAGCAGUGAAGACUCUUUUUUAUUAGGUUCAUCCUCAAGCUCGUCGUCGUCUGACUCGAGUUUUUUUGAUUUAGUUUUAAAGAACACUGGCGACUCCUCAUCUGACGACGAGGACGACGACGACCAACAAGAAGAAAAACAAUUCAAUUUCAUGGACACUAUUGACAAAUUUUCUGAGAGGGAAUUCAAGACAAAUUUACGAUUAAAUCGCACAACUAUGGAACAAUUAAUUGCAAAAUACACUCAAUCCGAAAUCUUUACAAAUGUAAAAAAUCAAAACAGCAAACUAAAGAUUGAUGCCAGAAUAGAAGUCACACUCUAUGUUUGGUACAUAAGCCAUAACAAUGAAGUCAGCCAAAUAGGAUGUUUAUUUCGAAUUACAGAGUUCUCUGUUUGGACUGCAAUUGUCCGUGUAAGUAAUUGGCUAAUCUCCAAGGGCCACGAAUACAUUAAAUGGCCUCAAGGAGAUGUCAUUUCUGAGAAUUGUCGUAAAUUCAAAGCCAUAAAGCAAAUGCCAGGUAUAAUUGGCGCCAUAAAUUGCUUGCAUAUUCCCAUUGAAGCACCUAAACGAGAUGCCAAAUCUUAUUUAAACAGUCCAAACCACUAUACCAUAGUUUUACAAGCAGUUGUCGAUGCUGACGAAAAAUUCGUCGAUAUUUGUUGUGGUGAACCAGGUUCAUCGACUAAUCGAACUGUAUUAACUAAAUCUUCAUUAUACAAAAGAGUUCAAGACAAUUAUGUUAAGUUAUUUCCUUCAAAUACAUUCCUUUUGGGUGGUGAUGCAUAUGAUGCUACAAAUUGGAUUGUGCCACCUUUCAAAGACAAUGGUGAACUAACAGAUCAGCAAAGUUUAUUUAAUAAUUUGCACUCUGAUACAUGGAUGGUGGUUGAAAAUGUUUUUAAAAAAUUAAAAGGGCGAUUUAGACGGUUGAAUAGAUUUACACAACAACAAAAUCCAAAUUUAGUUAGCAACAUCAUAGCGAGUUCCUGCAUUUUGUAUAAUUUAUGCAUCAUCAAUGACGAUCAAUACGAUGUAUUAAUUGAUGACGAGGAACAAGUUCUUGCCGGGGAUAGCGAUGAAGGGGAUGAUAAGGAGAAUCUGGAAAUAUCUAUGGAUCGUCGUCAACUUUUGUUUGAUUAUCUGUGUCAAAAAAAUAUAAUUUAAAUGUUAAAAAAAACUAU